CCCUGCUAGGAAUGCUAGGUGCUGGGGUGCUGCUGGGUUAGUGAAUCCUGCAAAGAGCAGUGUGCGAAAGUGUAUUCGUCCCACGUCUGAUUCGUUUUAUCGAAGAACUGCAGGGAUCUUCCCGCUGAACGCCACAAUCAUGAAGAUGCAAGGAAUGAGUUUGACAAGCGUGAAGAAGCAUCCAGCUCUGCUCCCACUGUAUUUUUGCUUAGGCUUGGGUGCCUGUGGCGCGGCGUACUACGUCUAUCGUCUAGCAGCACAUAGUCCCGAUGUUUCCUGGCUAAACAAAAAGGAGUCUGAACCAUGGAAUGCCUAUAAAACUAAGCAAUAUAAGUUUUAUGCAACAAAGGAUGAAAUCAGCAGUGCAAAGAGCUCGGCGCCAGAAUAUUGAACUGUAAUGUGUAAACUAGUAUUUGUUAUAGGAAUAAAUUGUUAUAUAAAUUACUACCUCCAAGAA